AUGUGUGUCACGCCAAUUUUCCCGCAUCCAAGCCCAUUUAAGGAAAUGUGCAUCGAGCACCAACCCGUGAGGGCUACCGGCAAAUUGCAGCUGCAGAUUCGUUACAUCGAGGUGGACACCGCAGAAGAAGCAGAGGCUAUCUGGCAGUCUUUCCCGAACGCCAGGAAGAUCGAAACGCUGCAACUCCUGGGCGAGAAAACCUGCCACCAUCAU